UUUUCUUAUUUUUUCUAAACAUUAUUUUGGUAUCUCUUUAUAAAUAGAGUGGGUACAACCGACAAAAUGCCACCGAAAAAGGAGGAAAAUCCCGAGGAACAGAUGCGCAAAAAGUUUCGCGCUAAAUGUCAGUUUCGCGCGCUCGGGCGACUCGUUCUCGUUAACCGGUACUGGCUCAUAGAGGGCGUUGACGAGUACAAGGGCGUGGACGACGUGAAGCGGCGGGUGACGCAAGUUAUCAGGACAAAGCAACUGAAGAAGCGGUUGUUAGAUAUACAGGACAAAGCCUUGCUGAAUAAGCCUGCGGCAGAACGUACGUACCAGGAACAGCAAUAUCUCUACCGGAAAUUAGGUGAUUUGAAGUGCUUCAAACGAUAUCCCAAGAAUGUGAGAAGAAAGCUGGCAGCGGCGACAUACUUCAAGUACUACGGUCCGAACCGCGUGAUCGUACGUCAGCACCACGAGGCCCACGCCAUGUACUUCAUAGUGAACGGAGACGUGACCGUGAGCCAGCUGUUCUACGACGACCUGCUGCAGCAGUACGUGUCCGUGGACGUUGACACCAUGACCACCGGAGACAUGUUCGGAGAUGUCUCGUUGCUGCACAACACGCCGAGAACUUCUACUGUCACUACUAACGGUCACUGCGAGUUGCUGGCAUUGAUGAAGGAAGACUUCAAGUACACGCUGCAGGCGCUCGUGCAGAAGCAAUGGGACGAGGUGCGGCGCGCCAUGUCCGCGUUCACUUACUUCGACGGGCUCGACGAGAUGACGAGACGCGAAGGUUGUAUAACAGCCAAAAUGAAGUCGUAUGCGCCGAACGAGACGCUGCUCGGCGACGGCGAGGGUGUGGCCAACUUCGUGUACUUCGUACUGUCCGGGCGCUGCCAGAUGAUCGAGUCGCUGCAAGUUAGCAUCACUACGCACCUCGGCCGCAACCAUUAUACGUUGUACGAUCCCUAUAGACGUGACGAUCGAGAGAGUGACACCAAGCUAGGUUGGAGCCAAACUGUCACAGAAGGUGGUGAUGAAGGCCCGGCCAUCUCGAAUAUGGUAUUGAAGCCGCCUAGCGAUAUUUUGCCCCGAGGUUCUGUAAGGUUAAGUGAUUCAAUCCCGGUUUCCGAAGCGCCACAGAAGCCAAAGGCCGCUCCAGUUAAUUUGCGAACGUAUUUCAUGCAGGUGGUUAUGUUCAACCCUGGGUCCACGUUCGGUUUCGGCGAGAACAUGCGCGACCGGCGCAUCGUCGCGCUCACGCCCGUAGACUGCAUGCUGCUGCCCAAGGUCUGGCUGCUGCAGCGGAACACUGCCAACAUCUGGACACGGAUACAGCACUAUCUCGAGAAGAAGAUCCCGACAAAGAAGCAACUAUUCAAAGAGUUCGUGUCGGCGCGCCGCUGGCAGGAGUUCCGCGACCAAGUGGUAUCGGACGUGGUGGCGCGCUCCAAUGCUGUCAACUUCACCACUGUGCACGACGUGCCUUACUCGAUACGAAUAGAGGAGAUGCUCGAUAUUUAGAG